AUGGCUUACUGUGGCCUCGGCCCGAUUCUGCGGAAGGCACGCCAGGAGCAGGACAAGUCGGAUGACGAUGAGGAGCGCGUGUUCGCGGAGGAGGCGACUCUGGCCUCCGCGUUCAGAAGGGCGCCGCCUUCAAGGUCGUCCAGGUCACCAGCGGUGCCAGAGCUGAUCGAGGCCCCCAGAGAGGCCGGCGAGAGCUUGCCGCUUGCAGCUCCGGGUAAACAAAGGCUCUCCAAGGCCGAGCGCAAGAAGGCGAAGAGGUCGGCCCACGGCGGCGCGGCCCGGCCCGCGGCGGCCGCCGCGCCCGCGGCG